UCUUGACAGCUGCGAGGCUCGGUGGCUCCACGAACGUUUGGAGAAAAAACUUCGAGCAAGAACUCCUGGGAAUACUGAGCGCAGGAAAAAUGGCGGCCAACAGAUUAAGGACGAUCGUCGGACAUUUGAAGGGAGGGAACAUGGCCACAGCCAUCAAGGUUCUUGAGGAUCCGGCCUUAUUCCAAACCUACGGGAACCCCGAGCCGAGCUUCCGAUUUACCGUAGACUCGGCUGACUCGCUUCUGACUACAGAAGAGCGCCAUUUUUACGAGGAGAAUGGCUACAUCGUCAUUAGAAACCUCGUAGACCAUCAGGACAUCGACAAGUACGCAAAAAGAUUCGAAGACAUCGCACACCGUCGAGUGAAAGUUCCAGGCUUAGUAGUAAUGAAGGAUGUAGCCGUCAAAGAUAAAGAAUCCAGCCAAUUUGUUGUCAACAAGCUUCAGGACCUCUUCCUCGACGACGAACUUUUUGCAUAUUGCCGUACCCCGAAAAUUUUGGACUUCGUUAGCAGUUUCAUUGGUCCGAACAUUAUGGCAGUGCAUACGAUGCUCAUCAAUAAGCCGCCCGAUUCUGGUAGUAUGACGUCGAGGCAUCCGCUGCAUCAGGAUCUCCAUUAUUUCCCGUUCAGACCAGCGGACCGGAUUGUUUGCUCGUGGACCGCUAUGGAGCGCGUUACGCGGGAGAACGGCUGCCUAGUUGCGAUCCCGGGCUCUCACAGAGGGGCGCUCCUCGAGCACGACUACCCCGACUGGGAAGGUGGCGUCAACAAAGGAUAUCACGGAAUCAAAGGAGCGUCGGACGUGUUGGAUCGCAGAGUUUUCCUCGAAAUGGAGAAGGGUGACACGGUGUUCUUCCAUCCGAUCCUAAUUCAUGGCUCCGGAGCGAAUCGUUCCCAGGGCUUCCGGAAAGCUAUCUCGUGUCAUUACGCGGCUUCCGAAUGUGAAUAUAUCGACGUAACAGGAACUUCUCAAGAAAAUAUAGCGCAGGAAGUGAUCGAAAUCGCGCAGCGAAGAGGGAUUCCGAUUACCGAUUUCCGGGACGCUUGGAGGUUCAGAGCUCAAAUAGUCCGAGGAGACAAAGUGAAUCUUUGAGGGAAGGAAUUUCUAAUCAAGUCAGCCCCGUGAAUUUUAAAAGAUCGGUCAUCACAAGAACUUCCUAGAGGCUUCUCGCGCGAGAUGUGUUCCUCUCUGGAGCUCGUUUUCGUGCGCGACAGUUCUUCUGGAAUGAUCGAAUAAUCGAAUUGCAUUCUGCGCAUUAUUUUGCUCAAAGACAUACGAGAAUAUAUUCGCCUCAAGUAACAGCGACCGUGAUCUGAGAAAAGCACAUCCCGUCCCCGGAGGCUUGUUUCCACGCCUUGUUCUGACCAUUUGCAUCCAUACAUGAGACAUCGAUAAUCGCAGCCAAGGUCCGAGGAUUAGAACAAAGAAGUUUCGGAUGAUAUUAGAAUAAAUUCCGAACGAUAACGGACGCAGGGAUCUCUCAUCCCACCUCCUUCAUAUGUCAUCCUCCUGAAAACGAGUGGUUCUCUUAGCUGUCGAACGACCGUCGUCCGGGGGUGGUUGCAGCGGGCGCAAGGUUUCUCGCAGUUGUCGGCUCUCAACACUCCUCUGAUUUCCCAGUCACGAGGCGUCGACCCUUUCGAUUUGAACUCUCGAUUGCGCUCGAUCGUCAGCAGCACCGCUUUGCGACCGGAGUAACAGGAGAACUUUCUCACUAAAAAAAGAAAUCGUCAUCUCUCCCGAUCGCACAUUCGUAUUGGUAAGUUCGUCGAGGAGUUCGGCAGCGAAACUCGCGCGAUCAACGUCGGCUCCGAACAUGGAUGCCCGGAGAAUAUCCAGAGUCCGAUUCCCCAGACGAACACAACGCCAUU